AUGGCUUCCAACUAUAUCACCAACGUUGCCAUUGUCGGAGCUGGUGGCAACUGUGGUAGUUUCAUGGCGGAAGCCUUACUGAAAACCGGAAAGCAUACUAUCACAGCGCUUACCAGAGAGGGUAGCCAGAGCAAGCUCCCAUCCGGAGUGAUCUCCAAGUCCAUUGACUACGGCAAGAUCGAGACUAUUGUCGAGGCUUUGAAAGGCCAGGAGGCUCUUAUCAUCACAGUCCCUGGUCAAGCACCUGAGGGUACGGAGCUAAACUUGGUCAAGGCCGCUGCUGAGGCGGGCGUGAAAUGGAUUCUGAAUGAUUGGUGCCCGGACACAUUGAAUGAAGAGUUGGUUCGGGAUGUUAAUAUUUUCCAACCUAAAGUGGCCAUCCGCAAGUCUAUCAGUGACCUUGGAGUUAGCAACUAUAUCAGUGUGUCGACUGGCUUCUGGUAUGAAUGGAGUUUGGCAAUCCCGGUGGCGUAUGGUAUCGAUUUAAUCAAUCACACUGCGACCUUAUUCGAUGAAGGUGAUGUCAAGAUCACAACAUCGACCUGGCCUCAGGUCGGUCGCGCCGUGGCUGGUAUCUUAAGCCUACCAAUCAAGGCCGAGAACUCUAAGGUUUCUCUUGAGAACCUUAAGAAUCAGGUGGUUUAUGUCAAAUCUUUCACUGUCAGCCAAAAGGACAUGCUGGAGUCUGUGUACCGAGUUACCGGUACCAAGGAAGCAGACUGGACCAUCACCAAAGAGUCAUCUACUGAGCGGUACACCAACGGCUUGAAGGAGAUGUACGAAGGUAGUCGUGCCGGAUUUGCGAAGAUGCUUUAUACUCGGGUGUUCUACCCAGAUGGCUGUGGUGAUAUUGAGCACAAGGGUACGAUAAAUGAGCUGCUUGGUCUACCGACGGAGGAUAUCGAUGCAGCGACGUGGGCUGCUAUUGACCGAGCCAAGACCAUUCCCUGGAGCUGA